AUGUUGGUCUCUUUGUUCGUUAAGGAAAAGCUUUACAUCGGUGAAGCUACGGUUGCAACCAUCUGUGGUGUUAUAUUUGGCCCAUACGCCGCAAACCUAUUCGAUCCGAACAGUUGGGGAAAUGUGGACCAAAUUACCUUGGAGUGUAGCCGAAUUGUUCUUGUAGUACAGUGUUUCGCUGUUGGUGUCGAAUUACCCAAGGCGUAUAUGACUCGUCACUGGAAAUCCGUCGUUUAUCUCCUUAUUCCCGUUAUGACCUUCGGAUGGCUUGUCGUAUCUGUGUUCAUCUGGUGGCUCAUAAAGCCUUUGUCAUGGCUAGACUCACUUUGCAUAGCAGCUUGCGUCACCGCUACAGAUCCUGUGCUUGCAUCUUCGGUCGUGGGUAAGGGUAAGUUCGCGAAACGAAUUCCGAAGCAUCUUAGAGAUCUUCUGUCCGCGGAGUCCGGUUGCAACGAUGGCAUGGCUUUCCCAUUCAUCUAUCUUGCCAUAUAUCUUAUCCACUACCGACCUAAUGCAGGCGAGGUCUUUUACCAUUGGUUCGUUUUUACCGUUCUCUACGAAUGUGUCUUCGGAGCGGUCUUCGGAUGUUGCGUGGGAUACGCGGGACGUCGACUCAUAAAAUGGGCCGAAGCCAAGAACAUCAUUGAUAGAGAAAGUUUCUUGGUGUUUUAUUUUACCUUGGCUUUGUUUUGUGCUGGUGCAGGAAGUAUUCUCGGCGUUGAUGAUCUCCUUGUGGGCUUCUGCGCUGGAGUCGCGUUUAGUAACGAUGGCUGGUUCGCGCAUAAGACUGAGGAAUCUCAUGUGUCCAACGUCAUUGACCUGUUACUAAACUUGGCAUACUUCGUUUACUUCGGCUCAAUCAUUCCAUGGGACAUGUACAAUCGACCAGAGUGGGGCUUAGAACCCUGGAGACUGACUUUCCGAGAGUCUCUUUUCGCUGGCCAUUUUGGACCUAUCGGCGUCGGUGCUAUUUUUGUCGCUAUUCUCGCUCGGUCAGAACUUUCAACUGGAAACGCUGCAACGCCACUCGCUGUACUCCCGGACCCUGACAGUGACUUUGAAAAUCUCCUCUUGAUUGAGGUUAUCUGGCCCAUUGUCACGUUUUUGGUAAUAUCUUCGAUUAUUGUUCAUGGAUCUUCCAUUGCCGUGUUCACGCUGGGUAAGCGCAUCAACAGGAUGACUCUCACAAUGUCAUACACCACUCAAGGUCCUGAAGAAUCCUGGGUUAGCCGACUUCCAUUCCUAAACCGUGGCCAAUCAAUGUCCAUAAGGAAACCAGAGGAAUCGGACAACGAAAAACUCCCCGGCGAAGGGCAAUUCCCUCCUGGUGCUCUGCCACCUGCAGGCGGUAUCCCUGGAGGCUUCGGCGGCGCAAGGAAAUCUAGUGGACGCAUGAGCGGCUCUGAGGCCGCACCUCGACGCCGUAAUGGUCUGGGUAGACCAAAGAACCACCAUGGAACGUCGGUAUCUAGCGAACGUCUACCACCUCCAGAAGCUGUCAAUGUCCAUAUUCCACCCGAGGGCAACGCUUACCAAGAAGGCAAUGAAAUCCUAGUCGAAAACGCAGAGGGCGACGUGGUCAGCCAAUUUAGAAGGCUCUCUGACGGCAGAAUCGAGGAUACAUUCGACGAAUCAAAGGACACACGUGCAGGUAAACCUGGUACAGCACUACCUCACCCAGCAGAAAUUGCCGACGAGUUUGUCCACCAAAAUGAACCUCCUCGUGGCAGGGAACGGCGUGGAUCUGAUGCCCACCGAAAACGUGGCACUGCUACUGCUUACCAAAGCGGUAAUGACGUCAUUGUUGAGGAUGAAGACGGUGAAGUUAUCAAGGUCAUUCGCACAAACACGAACACCGAGCGAAGGGAUACCAUCUUGGGCAUUCCCACUGGUCGUCGACCAAGCUUGCAGAAAAUCGGAUCUUGGUUGACUGGAAAGUCGACUGCUGGUGAAACGAGCAAUCCCCCGCACCGAGAGCAAAAUGAUGAAACUAUGUCUAUCAGAUCCAAUGACGAGCACGGGGUUCACCUUCACAAUCCGUUCCACGGUGGACGUAUGAGUCGAAAAGAGAUUGUUGACCAUUUCCAAACCAUUGAUCCAAGAUACCGCUCGAAAAUCGCAGAAGCCCACAACAUCCCCCAAAAGUUAGUCGCGGAAGCUGACCGACUUGACGACGACGAGAGCGGCACAUAUUCUCCAGGGAACGCUAGUCGAAGCCGAAGUGGAACUGUCACGGGUCCAACAGAUCAAGUUAUCGAGAAGGCCGUUGCGUCUGCUCGCUUGCCUGAUCCAGGACUUGCAUUAUCGAAGAUGCAGAGCACCACUAGCGCUGACCACCCUGAAAAUUUCGAGGAGGAAACUCCUGCCGAACGUCGUAGAAGGGAGGGUGCCCUAGGAUUGGGAGGUGAAAGGAGUGACAACGGCGGCUCCUCGCAGCAUCACCCAGAAACUGAAGCUGAACGCCGACGUCGUGAAGCUGCACUCAGCUCGACCGCCGAUGAAGACGACAGUGAGGACGAUGGUACCGAGCGCCAGCAGCCCACCAGACGUGGUAUCCGCUUUGCCGAACAGGAUAGGAGGGGAGGUUAG